UAGUUACUAGUUCCCCAAAAAUAUAUUUUAUCAUGGCUAAAUAAAUGUAGCCGUGAAUAUUAUACAUAAUUCGUGGUCCUAACUUUAGUACAUAUUUCACACUGAGCACCCCUGGUUGUUUUGUUUAUAUUUUAUCCAUUAUCAUUUCACAUAUUUUGUCAUCAGCUUAAUCAAAUUUCCCUUUGAAUUACUAUUUAGUAUUUACCAUUAGACAAUUUAAAAUUUUUAAAAAACGUAAUUUAUUCUUAUAUCGUUAAAUUAUCUAUAUUAAUUUUGUAAACGAAUAGCUUAAUUUUUAUUUUAUUUAUAAUGAAGUCCACUAUACUUUCAUGUUUUGUAUUAAUCUUAGGUUUUUCAUUCUUGCAUAAAGUAAGUGGAAUCCAAUGCUACCAGUGUUCUACAAGUAGCGACCCAAAGGGAUCUGAUAAUUGUGGUGCAUACGAAAAAUUCCACAAGGAUCGUCAUGUCUCGGUAGAAUGCACCAGUGAUGAAUCUCAUACGCCAGGCACAUUUUGUGUUAAAGUAACGAAACAAGGUCUCCGAGGAUUUAUAUGGGAUGGUCGUUGGAGAAAUGUGAUCCGCCGUUGUGGAUCGGUUUCAGAUACGGGUGUAACUGGUGUAUGCAACUGGGGAGUUGAAUGGAAUGGAGUCUAUUGGGAAGAAUGUUACUGUUCUGAAGAUAACUGUAAUUCAUCCACAAACAUUACACCAUUAUCCGUCAUAACAACCACAUUGUGUUCAUUAAUUACUAUGUACAUAUUAAGAAAUUGAUCUAAACUUAUUUUUAAUCUCGUAACGAAUUCCGUCCAAACUUUAUAGUGUUGAUCACUACAUUUUUUUAUACAUUUUAUAAUUCACUUAAUUAUUACUUUUAAAAUAUAAACUGUUAUAUUUUAUAAACAAUUUUAAAUGGCUUGUUAUCUUUUUAAAAAUGCCUGUCUUCUCCAUUACCUGAAUCUGGAACCAAUUAUCAAUGCUUUGUACACUUUGUUAAUUUAGUAUCUGGUAUGAAUGUACAAUGUAGAGAAUUACUUUUGGAAAUACAUAUAGUUUCAUUACA